AUGAAGGCAGGAGUGAUUGAGUUAGGCUCGAGUUCAACUCCGAAAACCAGUGCAAGUCGAGGUGCGUCGAUACUUGAUUUUAUCUUGAGAAUUGUUGCGGCGAUUGCGACCUUGGGAAGUGCUAUUGCAAUGGGAACAACUAAUGAAACACUACCCUUUUUCACGCGAUUUAUUCGAUUCCGCGCCAAAUAUGAUGAUCUUCCAAUGUUUACGUUUUUCGUGGUGGCCAAUUCCAUCGUAAGUGUGUAUCUAUUUCUUUCUCUUGCACUGUCCAUUUUCCACAUCAUAAGGAGUAAAGCACAAGUCAGCAGGAUUGUCUUGAUUUUCCUCGACACGGGAAUGCUGGCGCUUUUAACUGCAGCAGCAUCUGCAGCAGCAGCAAUAGUAUAUUUAGCGCACACAGGAAAUACGAAGGCAAAUUGGUUUGCUAUUUGUCAACAAUUUAACUCUUUCUGUGAAAGGAUUUCUGGCUCUUUGAUUGGAUCAUUUGGAGGGAUUCUUUUGUUCAUUCUCCUGAUCUUGCUCUCUUGUGUUGCUCUCUCUCGGCGUUGA